CAUCUCCGGACCACGCGCCUAUCGAGCGCUGCUCACACCACCACACCUGUCUCCAGUUCAGUCUCCCACAGACCCACCCUCGUACGAACCACAAUCGCCAUCAUGGUCACAGGCGCAAGAAGGACGCCGUCCCGAAAGGGCUCCAUGGCGGAUAUGCCCACGGAUCUCAAGGACCAGAUUGAGAAACUGGAGGAGCUGUUCGUCGUUCCUACAGCUAAGCUCAAGGAAAUCUCGGAGCACUUCAAGAAUGAGCUCGAGCAGGGGCUCACCACGGAAGGAGGCGAUAUCCCUAUGAAUGCGACCUGGUGCAUGGCCUUCCCCGACGGCAAGGAGCAGGGCACCUAUCUUGCCCUCGACAUGGGAGGCACCAACCUCCGAGUGUGUGAAGUUACCCUAACGGAAGAGGAUGGCGAGUUUGACAUUAUACAAUCUAAAUACCGCAUGCCCGAGGAGCUGAAGACGGGCACUGCAGACGAGCUCUGGGGUUACGUCGCCGACUGCCUGCAGCAAUUCAUCGAGUACCACCACCCCGACGAGGAGCUUGACGACCUUCCUCUUGGGUUCACUUUCUCAUACCCAGCAACGCAAGACUACAUCGACCACGGUGUCCUCCAGCGAUGGACAAAGGGCUUCGACAUCGAUGGUGUCGAAGGCAAAGACGUGGUGCCACCCUUCCAGAAAGCGCUGGCCGAGCGCAACGUGCCCAUCAAGCUCGUAGCUCUGGUCAACGACACAACCGGCACCAUGAUCGCCUCCGCGUACACCAACACGAAGAUCCAGAUCGGCUGCAUAUUCGGCACAGGCUGCAACGCCGCGUACAUGGAAGAAUGCGGCGAGAUUCCCAAGCUCGCACACAUGAAGCUCGACCCUAAACUGCCCAUGGCCGUCAACUGUGAAUGGGGCGCCUUCGACAACGGGCACAAGGUCCUCCCGCGCACACCCUACGACAUCAUCAUCGACAAGGAGUCCCCUCGCCCAGGCCAGCAGACAUUCGAGAAGAUGGUCGCCGGCCUGUACCUCGGCGAAGUCUUCCGCCUCGUCCUCGUCGACCUGCACAAGGGCGACGCAUGCCACAUCUUCGAGGGCCAAGACAUCAGCAAGCUCGAGAAGCCCUACUCGCUCGACGCCGGCUUCCUCUCCGCCAUCGAAGAAGACCCCUUCGAGAACCUCAACGAGACGGGCGAGCUCAUGGAGAAAACCCUAGGCAUCACCUGCAACAAGCCCGAACUCGAGCUCCUGCGCCGCCUCGCAGAACUCAUCGGCACCCGCGCCGCCCGCCUCACCGCUUGUGGUAUCGCCGGUAUCUGCAUGCACAAGAAGUGGGCCCAGGUUCAUGUCGGCGCCGACGGCUCCGUCUUCUCGAAGUACCCGCACUUCAAGAUCCGCCAGGCGCAGGCACUCAAGGAGAUCCUCGACUGGGAGCCCAAGUUCGGACGCGGCAAGGGCGACCCCGUUGAGGUGCUUCCUGCCGAGGAUGGCUCCGGUGUGGGCGCGGCGCUGAUUGCGGCGCUGACGGUUAAGCGUGUGCAGCAGGGUCAGCUGGCGGGUAUUCAGGAUACCGAGGCGCUGCUGAAGAUGGUGCCUAAGAAGGGCUUGAAGGAGUGAGUAGACGGACGUACGAUGGUGGGAUUUAGAAAGUGAGGGGAUUUUCCAUGUCAUAGAGUCAUGUCCAUACAGUCAGUCAGUCAGUCACCUUUUGUCGAAUGUAAAGCG